UUUCAACUAAUAGCAUAGCUUCGUUCUUUAGAAAGCAUAGAAAAGCAUUAUCCAAUUGGACGAAAGCUUCCGAGCACUCACGACAUGUCCCAAAAAUAAUGACGUCAGUGUGAAUAUAAUUUUAGCGAAUACAUUUAUUUGGGUUCCGGUUUUACUGGGAAACCCUGUAUAUCUCGUUUCAUUUCACGUUAAAUUUUCCUUAAUUUAAAAAUUGGUUGCAUUUCGAGUGCUGACGUGUUUCGAGACAGACCAUGGCUGUAAUGACCUACGAUAGAAACUGUGCGAGUAUAGGAGAGAAUUUUCCUAUAUGUAGCAGGAAACUAACUCCUGUCUUAGAAAACCCUGGGUAGGAGGUUGGUCUAAUUUCUAUUUUGGGCUAUAAGAACACUGAGGCAUUCCCAUGUACAAGUAGUCUGCAUGGCAGGCGGUCCCUGAAAUCGGGCAAGGCGAAUUUAGGGACCAUGCAGGCUAAUGUACGAGUAAUUCAAAACCCAAAAUAUGAUAAUUAUAAAUGUAGUUGCAAUAUUUGUCUUACUUAAACAAGCCUUAAUUUUGUGUCAGUAUAAAGAACUAAUGAAUUAUUGUAUUUAAUAUUUUUGGUCAAAACAAUCAUCCCCAGUUAAAAUUAAAUUUUUUCCUAUCAAGAUUUGAUCAUUACUAAAGUAAAUAUAUUUGCAAUUACACUGCUUUUUUAGGCAAGUAUUAAUUAUUAUUGAUAAUAGCGUGCGCUAUACUUUCCAACUCUCUUCUCUUCAGGUCAAGGAAGAAUUGAAGUCAUGAAUUGGUUAAUCUGCGUUGGUGUUCUUUUUGCUGCCCUCUGCAGCCACUCUGAAGCAAGGGCUGGGUGCAAGUCUCCCGGAGCCCGAAAAAAUGGUCAUGUGCACGGGGAUUGGGGAGACCUUCAGGACGGAUCGACGCUAAGGCUUAAAUGUAACAAGGGAUACAAGUUUAAAGGAAAAGAACAGGUAUUUUGCUACUCUGGACAGUGGAGUGCAACUCUUGGCACAUGUGAAGUUGUUACGUGCCAGCCUCCGAGGACAAGCUGCUUAUCAAUCUCAGAUCCUCCAAGUUGUUUCACAGGACCAUCUCCUUAUGAUACGCAUUGCAAGCUAUCGUGUCCCUCGGGAUAUCGCGACAGUGCGGAAUUGCGUUGCAAUCACGAAGGAAAAUGGGAAGGACGUGAUGUCGUUUGUGAAGAUUACGAGGCGCCCGAUAUUGAGUGUCCACAACAGGGUCGGGUGAUUGUACAAAAUACAGACCUAGGAAAAGCUAUUGCAACAAUUCGUCUGCCGACUCCGAAAUACUCCGAUAACUCGCAGCGACAUGGUGGAAAAUUGAAUUUCAGUGCGACCUUAAAUGGUAAACCUAUUUCUGCCCAUCGGAAGUUGAGGAUGACACAAAAUCUUAGUUAUUCUGUGAGGUAUCUUGUGAAAGAUGAGGAAGGAAAUCAGGCAAAAUGCGAUUUCUCUUAUCGCGUAGUAGACAAAGAGCCACCAAAGAUCGAGAACUGUCCAGGAGACAUCGUCAAGGCAAGGCCCAACGCCGCUGCUCGUAUUCGAAUCACUUGGAAAGAACCUCGAAUCACGGAUAAUUCCGGACAUGAUGCUCUCCGCGUGCAUUGUGACCGCCCGAACGGCAGUGAAUUUCCUCUAGGUAGAUAUUUAGUCACAUACACUGCCUCCGACAAGUCGGGAAACAAAGCCAUUUGCAAGUUCCGUGUGAUAUUAAGAGUAUCUUGCAACGAUCUUGGACACUUGCUCAGCUCCAUACUUAAUGGCGUAACCAUUGCUAAUCCCAGGACUCCAUGCAGAACUCCUGCCACUGAUCCUCAAAAGUGCAACAAGCCAGUUGCACCUGGACUGCCUGAUCGUUUCCAGUGGAAGAGCUUUUGCCGAAAGACUUGCAAAGUUUGUUAGGGACAUUACCGUACGAGGCUAGAAGUUCCUGCCUGCGUAAUAAAUGUUUCCAGACGUCAUUCGUUGUGGUUGUUCAUUAUGGCGAUUAUCAUUAUAUUCAUUGAAGUAUCCUCACUAAUAAAGAGCAUUCAAAAAUUA